CGUACCCUUUUAAAAACAAAAUCUCCAUAGAGAGAUAGAGAGAGAGAUUUCAAACUCUAUUUAUACCCCCAAAAGCCUUCACAUUUCUUCCUUCCUUUUCUUCUCUUUCUUUCCAUGGCAUUUUCUUUGUAAAUCCCUCACUCUCUCUUCUCUACAUCUACCUCUCCUACAUUUUCGAGAGUUUUUUCAGAUUCCAUAUCCAUGGAAUUCUCUGCAUUCCAAGUAAGUAGAUUCAAAAUCCCAUCCUUUGGUUUUGGUUGAAUCCACCCUUUUUUUUUCCCAGCUCUUUUCAAACUAGCUCAGCGAAUACGAAUCGGGCUUUCUGCAUGUGAAUCGACCGUUUGAUCCGUUUGUGAUGGUUUCGGCAUUUGGGUUUUGAGGAACGGCCGGUUAAUAAUAUAUUGGAGAAGUCCUCGGUUCUGGUUUUUUGGUUUUGGGUAUGGUUUCGAAUCAGAAGAUGGGUUUUGUGGAAUCGAUUGGAUAUUCGUUCCGAUUUGAUGGGACGGUUGGGGGUGGUGAAGUCGCAGGGAAUGAGGUGCUGGUUCGUCGCUGUUUGCCGAGUGAAUCGGGAGCUCUGAAGAACAGAUCAGAGAAGGAGAGCUUGCGUCAUUCAUUUUUCGAACUCAGCUUGGGGAAUUCGCGGUUUGGGUCUUCUAUGGGAAUGGUUGGGAAUGAGAAUUUCGGUGAGGAAGACUGUGGUAGUGCAUGGAGGAAUCAGGGCCUCAAUGGGGUUGGGAUUGGUUUUGCUUUUGGAGAAGUACUCACGAGCCGUUCGAACGAGAAGGGGUCUGAUAUUGCACGGAAUGAUGAAAAGAAGAAAACCCAGAAAGAGUCAAUGGGGCACUUAGGAUGCCAGAAAUUGGGACCAAAAUACAGUUGGUGGGGCAAGAAGUCAAUGGAUAAUGUGUCGGAGGUAGGCAAUGGCAUGGAUGUUCAGAAAUCACACAUUCAAAGCACAGCCAUGCCUGAUGGCCUCAAGGAGCUGUUACUGAACUCCGGAUGGAUGGUUGUGUCACGAGAAGGCUUGGGAGAGGCUGUCUAUGUUUCUCCAUCAGGUUCUACGUAUGGGUCUCUUCCAAAGGCUUUGGAGGCCUUUUCACGGGACAUUUCCAAGCCUACAAAUAAGCGGUGGGGUAUGCCUCCAUCAAUCGAUGAUGGAGGGCUUAAAAGGAAUCAUGUAUCUCCUGCUCCUGAUUUGGCUAGUAAAAUAGGCCCUGUCAGUCGAGAUGUUGUGAAAUCUGUUCAGAAGAAGAAGAGACGUUCAAGUAAAAGAAAGAAACCCCUUGCGAGAGUGGGGCCUGUUAGGCCCACCAUGUUAAUAAAGGAUAAACUACAACGAAGGAUGCAGGAGCUAAAUGAAGACAUUGCCACUGAAUCCUUAUCACACAAGGAUGUCACUUUUUGCAUGGUGAAAGAGAAGGCAAAAAGCUGUACUAAAGAUGCAUCCUUGAGUCGUGAAGUAAAAGAUUCAGCUUGCUUGAUGUCGGAAGCUGUAAAUAUUGACGAAAACAGUGCCGGUGAUAUGCACCAGAAUGUAAAAUUGUCCAGCAUUCGGAGGUCGGCACGUAUUAAUGGGAAACAUGUCCGUGUACAUUAUGAGUCGGAUCUCGAAACGGAAGCUGAUGAAGGCGCUUAUUUGGAUUCAUCCAAACAGGUUUCCACGCAACUCUCAUUACGGUUGGAAGAAGUGGGACCUAGGGAAGAAGCACCCAAGCUGGUAGCAUCUUGCAUGGGAGAUCACAAAGUGGUAGCGUCUUGCGUGGGAGAUCACAAAAGGGUAAGUUCUUGCAUGAAAGAAGGAAGCUCGAGUGGUGUAACUGAGAGUUCAGGUUGCUCUAGAAUGGAGGUGGAAACUGAAAAUUCGGAUUUCUGUAGGACAGACUCUAUGAAUGAAGGCAGCAGUAAAAGCAAUUUGCAUCAAGACGGCAAAUUGCUAGGGGUGAGGAGGUCUGUUCGCAUUAAUGGGAAACGCGUUCCUGUAGAUAGUGAUUUUGAUUUGAUAAUGGAGGCUGGUGAUGAUUAUCUUGGUUCAUCUGAAUGUGUAAUUUACAGAGCAGCAAGGAAGGGAAUGGAAGCAUUGAUGACCCCAACUUUGAAAGUUGAGAAUGUGGAAGCUAGAAUUCCCACUCGGGGCAAGAAAUCGAUAAAGCAAACAAGUAGAAAGAAAAUCAAUCACCAAAAGACAGAAAACCGGAAAGAUUUAAGGAAAGGUAAUGGGGUGAGGACUCCUGUUUCUACUAAGUGCUCUCCAUCAAAGAGAAAUGGAGGAAAAGCUCUGAUUCUAGAGAAACGCUCUCCUUCAUCUACAAGUAAAAGGAAGUCUGUUGGUGGUGGGAUUUCAAAUGGGAAAAAGAAGAAAAAGAGGAGUGGUGGGUGCAGUCUCACGGUUAGGAGGUUGGGGAAAGGUGACCAUGAAGAAAAGAUAUCGCCUGAAACAAAGGCUAGCAUACUCUCUUGGCUGAUUGAUGCUGGUGUGUUGACUGAAAAUGAAAAGGUCAUGUACAAAAACAAGAAUUGUGGCAGUAUGUUGAAAGGAUGGGUUACUAAAGGUGGAAUUCGGUGCAACUGUUGCAAGAAGGUCAUGUCCUUGUUAGAGUUUGAAGCCCAUGCUGGUAGGGAUCUUCGUCAACCCUGGGAUAACACUCACCUUGGCUCUGGCAGGUCAUUGCUGUCGUGCCUCCUUGAGGCAUGGGAGAAGGAAAAGAAACUGAGGAAAGUUGGAUUCCAGAUAGUAGGAGUUAAUGAUCCCGAUCCUAGUGACGAUACAUGUGGGGUAUGUGCUGAUGGCGGCAGCUUGAUAUGUUGUGAUAAUUGUCCUUCGACUUUUCAUCAGGAUUGUGUGAUGCUAAAGGCCCUCCCAGAAGGCAGUUGGUAUUGCCCAUAUUGCAGAUGUGCACUCUGUAUGAUGGUUAAGCAGGUGCAAGAUAGAACCCGAGAAUCCUUUAUGUUACUCAAAUGUAUUCAAUGCGGGCGCAGAUAUCACAGGGAGUGUGCUUGGGGACAUGAUCUGCCAAUGAUGGGCUCCGAAUCUUUAUCUUUUUGUGGGAUAUAUUGCAAGAAGGUAGCUGAAGGCCUUUCCAAUAUGCUUGGAGUUACUAAACCAACCGAAGAGGGUUUUUCAUGGACUGUAUUACGGCGUAUUGAUGAAGACAAGGGCAUCAGCUCGAAUAAAAAGCCAUCAUUUAUCAUGGAAUGCAAUGCAAAACUCUCCUUGUCCCUUUCUGUGUUGGAAGAAUGCUUUGUUCCUUUAGUGGAUCCAAGAUCGAGUCUGGAUAUGCUUACUCAAGCAGUUUACAAUUGCGGGUCAAAUUACACUCGUCUAAAUUAUGAAAGAUUUCACACUGUGAUCUUAGAGAAGGAUGAUGAAAUCAUUUCGGUUGCAACAUUAAGGAUCCAUGGAACGCGUUCAGCGGAAAUGCCAUUCAUCGGAACACGACCCAUGUAUCGACGACAAGGCAUGUGCCGUCGCCUUUUGAAGGCUGUGGAAGAAAUGCUCUCUUCUUUACAUGUGGAGAAGCUAAUUAUCCCUGCAAUACCCGAUCUGCUUGAGACGUGGAUGACAUCAUUCUCCUUCAAACCUCUGGAGUUAUCCCAUAGAGAGGAGAUCAAGAAUUUGGUCAUGAUAGUUUUUGCAGAAACAAUAUUGCUGCAGAAGUCCAUAUGCAAGCCGGAAAUGGAAGAUGAAAGAGGUGGUCACACAAAUCCUGAUAGUCAAGAUGUUCCGCUGUGGCAGAUUCCUCAAUGCAAGUUGAGUGGAACCCAUGAUGCUAUUUUUGGCCCAUGUAAAGAGAUCAAAGGUGGUAGCUCUGUCCCUGAUGCAUUGCCCCCUCUCUGUUCUAGUAUUUCAAGCAGAUUCACUUCAGAGAUUUUGCCUGUCCAAACUGCAUUACUUCAUAAUAUAGACAUGGUGCCACGGAAUCUAGGAACAGGGUCCUUCUCAUUCUCAUCCGUUGGUACGGUUCUUCCUAAUUCCUCUGUGAACUCUGAAGUUAUUUCCAGUCCGAGGAGGCAUGUCCGUGGAUGGUUGCAAAGUGCUGAUGAUGCUAAGGAUGCCCAUCCUGAUGUUAUAUGCUGUAGCCUUCCUGUCGACAGUCUUCUCAGUAUCAGAAGCUAAAUUCUGGGUAACUAAAUAUUUUGUUGCAGCCACCGCCACUGGUUUCAUUUUUUGUAUAUUCAGAUACAUAUCUCCGUUGAUUUCUCAUUCGCAUUAUUUUUUGAAUUCUGCAUCUUGAUUUCCACUGUGAAAGAAACCAGUGCAAUUUCAAAACAAUUCAAAAAUGAUUGAUGAGUAGUUUUAGAGUGUCCUUUACGCAUGUGCCCAAAUUAUAUAUUGGUGACUUUGAUUAGAUAACAGAAGUUGAAGCUUCUAAAUGAAGCACUGCUUGUGAUUUUGGAGCUUAA